AUGUCAAAAAAAUUGAGUAUUACAGAAACCAGUAUGUUUCCUAUUGUUCAUGCCGAAGCUCCAGCUAAUGAACCCGAGAUCGAAGAAGCACCUGAAGAACCUGAAGAUCUUAAGCCACAGAUCGAAGAAGAAUGCGGUGAAACUACAGCUUGUAAACCUUUAAAACAUCACCUUGAAGAAUGCACUCGUCGUGUUGAAGCAGGUGGAACCGACGAAACUUGUGCUGAAGAAUUAUUACACUUUAUGCAUUGUGUAGACCAUUGUAAACAUUUUUCAUUACCACAUAAUAGUGAAGCUGAGAUGCCUCAAUCCCGCUCUCCAAAAAAAGAAGUCAAGGAUGCACCGAAACCUAACUUUGAAUUAUCUGGAAAACUUGUAGCAGAAACAAAUUCUUAUAAUGGCGUUGUAUUGAAAUACUUUGAGCCACCAGAAGCUCGCAAACCAACAAAAAGAUGGAGGUUAUACGUAUUUAAGGGAGACAAAGAAAUAGAUAUUCUACACAUACAUCGACAGAGCGCAUAUUUAUUUGGACGAGAGAGAAAAGUAGCUGAUAUCCCAAUUGAUCAUCCUAGCUGUUCCUCUCAGCAUGCUGUGUUGCAAUUUCGUCAAGCAAGCACAACUAAUAAUGAAUCUGGAGAGAAGUUUUCUGAAAUCAAACCAUAUAUGAUAGAUCUUGAUUCAACAAAUAAAACUUUUGUUAAUAACAAUCCAAUUCCACCUUCAAGAUAUUAUGAGUUAAAAGCUUCUGAUACUAUAAAGUUCGGUUUUAGUUCUCGCGAUUACGUUUUGAUUCAUGAUGAAUUAGAUGAUGGAACCCUUGAAUUAUGA